GUGAACAGAAAACACGUGUUUGUGUUGUGUAUUGAACAUUGACUGCAAAUCAUAUCCAAUUGAAAACCAAAACCGCAUUUAAUUGUCGUUAAAAGCUAAUCAUUAAAUUAAACACAACUUUGGACUCAAUUUAUUAAUACAUCGGAACCAAUGGGUCGACGGAAGCGAAAGUCCAAGAAGGGGUCGAAAGGGGCCGAAGAGCCGGAAGCGCUGACCAAAGCUCCGCACAGUUUUGUCAUCAAAAGGGGAAAAGUGGGCAAAAAUGUGAACGAAUUGAUGGUCAACUUUCGCCAAGUGCUGGAACCGUUCACAGCGAUGUCCCUGAAGAUCAAGAGGUAUAACGUGGUGAAGGACUUCGUGCACAUCGCCUCGAGUCUGAAUGUCACACAUUUGGUGAUCUUCACGAAGACCCCGAAGGCGGCGUACCUGAGGCUGUGUCGGGUGCCCAGAGGGCCGACACUCACCUUCAAAGUAGUCAACUAUACGCUCACGAAAGACGUGCGAUCGGCCCUCAAGAGGCCACUCGUCUACUCCGGUCUGUUCCAGUUGUCGCCACUACUGGUGCUCAACGGCUUCACCGGCGACGAGGAGUUGCGGAUGAAACUGAUGACAUCGAUGUGGAGGAAUAUGUUGCCCUCCAUUGACGUGAAUAAAGUCAAUCUGAAUACCAUUAGGCGGUGUAUUCUCUUGAACUACAACUCCGACACCCAAUUGAUUGACUUCAGACACUUCGCCAUUAAAGUGAAACCCGUGGGUCUGUCGCGAACCGUACGGAAACUCAUUUCCGGCAAAAAGAUACCCGACUUCGGCAACUGUAACGACGUGACAGACAUUAUGGCGAACGACAACGCGUUCACCGAAUCGGAGGGCGAGGCCGACGAAGUGGAGGCCAACCGACAGAUAACGCUUCCGCAGAAAAUCAGUUCCCGAGGAAAUAUGGUUAACGAGAAGAGUGCCAUCAGAUUGACAGAAUUGGGUCCACGACUGACACUGGAACUGAUGAAAAUAGAAGACGGAAUAAUGGCCGGCGAAGUGCUGUUCCACUCAUUGAUUAAGAAGACUAAAGCCGAGGCACAGGAGCUGAAGGACAAACGCCAACAGAAGAUCCAUUUGAAGUAUUCUCGGAAACGACAGCAAGAGUUGAAUGUGAAGAGGAAACAGGAGGCGAGGAAUAAGCAAAAGACUGGAUCUAAUAGUAGUGACGGACAGAGCAUGGAUGUGGACCCGGAGGCGGCGGCAGACAGUGAUAGCAACGAAUGAAUUGAAAUGAAAGUUAAUUUUGAAAACAUAUUAUUUUAUAAUUAAUUUCAUAAUCAAUGCAUUAUUUUAUUAAUUGACUUGUG